UCUUUUCUCAUCUUUGGGGUUAGAUUCACUUCCCUAGAGCAAUGGCGGAGCAAGAGUUGGACUUCACGCUUCCUUCGAGCCUCCACUUGGUUUCUGCAUUUCUCGCCAUGGAACCACCAGAUUUCUUGACUUCCCUGGCUCGGGUAUGUGGUGGAGGCUCAAUCACAGAGCGAGUACAGAGAUUCAUCUGGGACCACUGUAUCAGCGAAGCAGAUGGAAAAUGCCAAGGGCCUUACUUGAAAAGUUUUCUAAAGAAGCUCAUUGUUGGAGUUGAGCAAGAAGGUGCUGAUGUCCUUGAUGAAUUGUAUGAAAAGUAUGCUUUUUUCAUGGCUUCAUUGAAGGACAAUGAGGUGGCAAAAGGAAACUCAAGGGUUUUGAAAUCUAUCUCAUUUCUUUUCCCAGAUGACUGCCUUCAAAUUCCAAGUUGUCCAAAGUCAAUGAAACUGGUCGUUCCACUGUAUUCUUCUCUCAACAUGCUUGCAGGAGAUACUGGGUGUUCCAUUUGGCCAUCAAGUCUUUUUUUGUCAGAGUUCAUCCUUUCAUGCCCUGGAAUAUUCUCAAAUAAGACUUGUUUUGAGGUUGGUUCAGGUGUUGGUUUGGUUGGCAUUUGUCUUGCCCAUGUAAAAGCCUCUAAGGUGAUCCUGAGUGAUGGUGACUUGUCAAGUUUAGCAAAUAUGAAGCUUAAUUUGGAGUUAAAUCAACGGAGCAAUAGAACUGAUUUUCCAGAAAGAAGCACGGAACUUCAGAAUCCGGUACAAUGCAUAUAUCUGCCAUGGGAAUCGGCUCUGGAUAUUGGGGUCGAAGACUUCAUGCCGGACAUAAUCUUAGGUGCAGACGUAAUCUAUGAUCCAUUAUGCCUUCCACACCUUAUUCGAGUUCUUUAUGUUCUUUUGGGCCAUGAAAAAUUGUUAUCUCGUCGCCAGAAUGAUCUCUGUUCAGACUGUCAACAGGGUAGUAGACAUAUAAAAGGUGGAGUUUGUGGUGCUGACUAUGCAUGUGGACUUGAUGGAAGGAAAACUCACCAUAACGACCAACUAAAGAAUUCCAAUCAUGAUAAUGGGCACGUCUUUGAUACUGGUCCAGGCAAAGCUAAAUUUCAUGGUGAUCUAGAUGCUGAAUAUCCGUGUAAUGCAUCAACGGAAGGCCCUAUAGCAUACAUCGCUUCUGUCAUACGCAACAUGGACACAUUCAAUUGCUUUCUUGCACUAGCAGAACAUGCAAAUCUCGUUGUCACAGACAUAACUGAAAAAGUUAAGCUGUUUGAUUUGCUUCCUUAUAUGCAAUCAUACAAUCGGUCCAGCAUACGGCUAUUUACUGUUAGCUUAGCUCUUUAUUUAUCCAACUCCUCUUCUUUGAUUGAAGUAAUUCAUUCAUGGUCUGCUCCCAGAUCUCUCAGUACUAGUCUCAUGUAUUCUUUUGCUCAGAGGGAUGAUACAGAAGUGCUUGAUGAACCACUCUAUGCAAAUUUCCUCCGUUUAACUGGUGUGGAAAGGCCUUACAGAGAAGAACUUCUAUCAAAAACGGAAUCGGACGGAAAUAAGGUGGUCAAAGAUGUCAUUUUCGGUCCUGGAGUAAAGAAGUAUCGGUACUGUAAGCAUAUCGCAAAACAACACAUCCCUGGUUUAACAGAUGAGUUGAUGAAUAAAGGAAAGCACAUCAUAUUGAUACGUAAUCCUCUUGAAAUUCUGCCAUCCUUUGACAAGGUGGUGCCUCCAUCCUUUUUGGAGCUCGGAUUGGCAGGCUUGGUUUCUAUAUAUUGUGAGCUCUGUGAAUUAGGAAAGCCUCCAGCCAUCAUUGAUUCAGACGACCUUCGACAGGAUCCCGAGGCUGCUUUACGUGGUCUUUGUGAAGAGUUGGAUAUCCCUUUUCAAGCUGCAAUGCUCAAAUGGGAAGCUGGUCCAAAAUUAGUAGAUGGCUUAUGGGCUCCAUGGUGGUAUAAAUCUGUACAUAAAUCAACAAGUUUCAUGCCAGCAAGAAAGUACCCUCCGCCUUUCCCGUCUUCUCUGUAUGACUUGCUGGAGCAAAGUUUACCUUUCUACAACAUACUUAGGAGCCAUUCAAGGCGCAGAUCGUCCCUUCUGAAAUCCCCCUUGCCUCGUCCCAGUCUUCCUGUUCCUGCUAAUGAGAAGAUUCUUGUUUGGGUUGGUGAUGAGAUUGUAACCCGUGAGAGUGCAAAGGUUUCAGUGUUUGACUCAGUUGUCCAAGGUGGUGAUUCAGUGUGGGAGGGACUUCGAAUUUACGAUGGGAAGAUAUUUAAGCUGGAAGAGCAUUUAGAUAGGUUGUUUGAUUCAACAAAAGCUCUAGCUUUCAAUAAUGUACCAACUCGUGAAGAGGUUAAGGAAGCCAUUUUCAAAACACUUAUUAGGAAUGGAAUGUUUGAUAAUGCACACAUCCGAUUAAGUCUAACGCGUGGAAAGAAGGUUACUUCUGGGAUGAGUCCAGCUUUCAAUCUUUAUGGAUGCACUUUAAUUGUGCUUGCCGAAUGGAAACCACCUACCUAUGAUAAUACAAGAGGUAUAACUCUGGUGACUGCAUCCACUCGUCGUAAUUCACCAAAUAAUUUGGAUUCAAAGAUUCACCAUAACAAUCUCCUAAACAACGUACUUGCGAAGAUAGAAGGAAAUAAUGCAAUGGCUGAUGAUGCAAUCAUGCUUGACAAGGAUGGUUACGUGACUGAAACAAAUGCUACAAACAUCUUCUUAGUGAAAAAAGGCCGUGUUGUGACUCCUCAUGCUGACUAUUGUCUUCCUGGCAUAACUCGAGCAACUGUCAUGAACCUUGUCGUGAAGCAAAAUAUGGUUUUAGAGGAACGACGUGUUAGCCUAUCAGAGUUCCAUACUGCGGAUGAGGUGUGGACAACAGGAACAAUGGGAGAACUUACCCCGGUCAUCAAAAUUGAUAACCGCAUAAUUGGUGAUGGACGGGUUGGGCCUGUAACUAGAAGGAUGCAAAAUGCUCUCAAAAACCUGACGGAAGAGUUAGGAGUGCCUAUACCCACCUAUCAGGAGAUUUGAGAACUGCAGUUCCUAAGAGGAUCUACUGCAUGGAAUGCAGCAUGUCUUUUGUCCUGGAGAAGUAUAUUGUGCACGGUUCUGAUAUGAUCAUGGUCAUGGCAUGUUCUGGAGCUAAUAUCUGGAUUGGAAUUUUUAUUUUUUAAACUUUGGGAAUUGGGAGAAGGGUUGUGUUGCCAUUUUUUGGGCGAGUUGAAUCUUCGAACCCCAUAACAAUAGUGAAAAUAAAGAAUAAUACACGCCACGCCAGUUCUCUGUUCUAAUAAAUAAAAUCAUGUUUCUAUUUUCAUGUU